AUGUCCACUGCAGACGCUUUGAUAGCCGUGGCCGACACAAUCAUCUCACGUGCUGAAGGCUUGCUGACGGUAGCAAUCAACAAGAAGGGAAGAAAAUUCAAAUAUGUCAACGACGCUUUCCAGAGAGUCCAGGAAGAAGACAAGCACUUGGUGAUUUACCCCCAGGACUUGAGUGAGUCGCUUGCGACGAUUCUGGCGUUUUCGAUUCUUGAGAGUAUAGACACUCGGCUAUUCGCAGAUUUUCAAGACGUUUGCUUGACGGUGGUGGGUGUCGCAGGGGAGAUUGAGCGCAGAGGCUGGUAUGAGGAAGAACACUCGUCGGUGAUCCCAUACAAGCAGCUGAAAUUCAAUUAUGACAUGGAAAUGAGAAAGAAAGCUUUGGAGUUUGCAAAGGGCGUCACAGAUCAACAUUUGCAGUGGGGGUACAUACUCUUGUACUGUGCCAAGUUGAGCUUUUUUCAUACGGACCACCAUAUUGGCAACAAGCUCGACGAUCCGUACAUGAGAGACUACGUGGAGCAGUUUUACGGAGCAAAGGCUUUGCUGCUGCCAGAAGUGAUUGUGGCGCUCAAGUCGUUUGUUCACUGGGCAAACAUCAAGGGUAUACUCUGGAAGCUUAGAGUGCCUAACUUGGAUAUGAGCGAACUGCUCAUUGACAAGUUUUCUCUUGGCACUUCCAAGUACUCCCUUGUAAGAAAGCUGCUUGAUAUUCUCGCUGACUCCCCCUACUCAAAAUUGAUACCCUUUCCCGAAGGCCCUAACUACGACUUGCACUGGAUCUUCGAUCUCUGCCACCGAAUUGAAGCCGACCCUAUCAGGUAUCACUUGCGUGCCUCUCUGAAGCGCCUUUGCACGAAUCCCGUCAAUCUCAACGACUUGUCGAAGAAGUACAAGACAGAAGUGCAAAAGUUGCUUUCUGUAGUAAGUCUUGUGAUCAACAUUUUCCAGGUGGAAGAAGGCGAGGCGCUUUUGCAGAACUCCAAAAUUCCACAAUUUACUGACGAGUUGAUCGACGAAUACGAGUCCUACCACAAUAAGUUGGUCGCUGCGCUGACCAAGAUCGACGAAUACAUUGCCAAGGGGUGGGAUGAUGACGAUAUCGUGUUGAGAUUGUACAACAGCAACACAAGAAACAUUCAUGAUGAGGUGAACAGCAUGAGAGACGCUUUCGCCGAAGACUACGAGUAA